UUUAUAUGAAAUAAUCUCUUAUUGCUUUAACCUCUGUCUCGUUUUUUGACGGUCUUCUUCUCAUGCCCUCACAACGCCGGUGCCGACCCUAAUUGUUUCCCCUCACUCAUCCAAACAACCUCCAACGCUCUCUCUCUCUCUCUCUCUCUCUCUCUCUCUCUCUCUCUCUCCUUCCAACUUCGAUAAAGUUCAUUGCUCCUCUCUCUCUUUCGGCCUAUUUCUUCUCCUCCCGGCUUGGCGUUCUCUGCUGCCCUCAAUUAUCACAGCUAACUUGGAGGACAGAAUGGAUGCGAAUAUGAAGAAAUUACAAGAAAGUUUAGUUGCGCUUGAGACUGAAGCAGAGCGUCUCUUUUUAGCCCGAAACCAGCUGGUUGAGACUGAUAAGCUAAGAAAUGGAAAUAGAGAAGCACUUACAGCUUUGAGGAAGAGAGCUCGAACGACAAAGACCAGUGUUCCAUCCCCCUUUGAGUCAGUAAUGAAGGAGAUUGGCGUAUCUGGAUCAAGACCUUUGGUAAAGGAAGUAUGCACCACCUGUGGCAGCCACGACUCCACUGAACGCACAUGGAUGAUGUUCCCUGGAACUGAUGUCUUUGCAAGGAUUCCGUUUCAUGCUGCUCAUUCAAUCAUAGAGACAGAUCAAGAACAUCUUGACUUUGAAACCAAGAAACUCCACAGCUAUGUGAAGGAUAAAACUCUGUUGAUAUCAGAAAAAGGUGCACUUGCGGACAAGAUCAGUCCAGCGGUGCUCAAGUCUCUUGUAACCCUUACAGGAAAUAGUAGAAAGUAAGUUACGAUCUUGUUCUUGUAAUAUGAGUUUCAUUUCCAAGCAAGGAAAAAGCGAUUAACAUGUAAAGUCUUCUCCUUUUUUCUUGUUUUGAUGUAGUAACAUGCAAAAUCUUCUUACUUUCUUAAGUUUGUGUUUUUAUUCAAAUGCAUGGCCAAUUACUUUA